CUAUAAAACGGGUUUUCCGAACUAAGAACGUUCAGAGAGAUGGAGAUUUGCUGAUAGGUGUUUGCUUUUGUGUAAUCAUGAGUAUAUUGAAGGUUUUACCGUUGAUGUACUUGAUGGUGAAAGCAUCCGCACUAAGGUUACCAGGAUUUGACCCACAGUACGUAAAAGAAUAUAAUGAAAAUUGUGUGUGUCCUACGGAAACUCCCACGAUCAUCAACAGUUUGGAUUCAGAUCAUUUAGGUGUCGAGAGACUAGUUGUUUUCGUAUACAAGAAACCAGACACAGGCGAAAUUAUCAGCUUCAUUCCCCAAAAGGAACAUCAGAGAAAAAUUCCCGAUUUCCCCGACACAUAUGGUCACAUUCAUAAUAUUGACCAAAAUCCGUCGAUUAGAGAUAUAUUUGAAAUCAGUCCGAGUAAAGAUUUACGGGAACAUAAAACAUAUAUUGAACCUGUACCACAGCAUGACAGUAAUAAAGGUAAAGAAAACACUAUAGUUCCUGAUGAUAAAAUACCUAAAGACUUGAACUUUAAUGAACAAUAUUCUAACACUGACAUUAAAAUCCCGACAUGGCAUAUGUCACUUGAUCAAAACAAGGUAAAACCUGAACAUAUUGAUUCAUAUUCACUGCAGAUAUCAGGAGAAAAUGACGACAUAAAGACGGACAUUAUGAUCAAUGACAUUGACAUGGAAAUCCCGAAAUGGCAAGUGCAAAUAAAGAAUAAAGAUAUACCUGAAAACGACCACAAAAUAACAAAAAUUAAUAUUGAUGACAUUGGCAUGAAAAACCCGGAGUCGCCAAUGCAACUUGAUGGGAUUAAAGUUAAACCUGAACAUUUUAUUUUACAUCCAAAUGACCACAAAAAUACAGAAAUUAUGAUUGAUAACAGUGGAAUUAAAAUCCCGAAGUGGCCAAUGCAACUUGAUGGGAUUAAAGUUAAACCUGAACAUUUUAUUUUACAUCCAAAUGACCACAAAAAUACAAAAAUUAUGAUUGAUAACAGUGGAAUGAAAAUCCCGGAGUGGCCUAUGCAACUUGAUGGGAUCAAAGUUAAACCUGAACAUUUUAUUUCACAUCCAAAUGACCACAAAAAUAUAGAAAUGAUCAUUGAUAAUAGUGGAAUGAAAAUCCCAGAGUUUACAAUGCAAUUUGAUGGAGUCAAAGUUAAACCUGGACAUUUUAUUUCACAUCCAAAUUACCACAAAAAUAUAGAAAUGAUGAUUGAUAACAGUGGAAUGAAAAUCCCGCAGUGGCCAAUGCAACUUGAUGGAAUACAAGUUAAACCUGAACAUUUUAUUUCACAUCCAAAUUACCACAAAAAUAUAGAAAUGAUGAUUGAUAACAGUGGAAUGAAAAUCCCGCAGUGGCCAAUGCAACUUGAUGGAAUACAAGUUAAACCUGAACAUUUUAUUUCACAUCCAAAUGGCCACAAAAAUAUAGAAAUGAUGAUUGAUAACAGUGGAAUGAAAAUCCCAGAGUUUCCAAUGCAACUUGAUGGAAUCAAAGUUAAACCUGGACAUUUUAUUUCACAUCCAAAUGACCAAAAAAAUACAGGAAUUAUGAUUGAUGAUAUUGGGAUGAAACUCCCGGAGUGGCAAAUGCAAAUUGAUCAGAGUACAGUUAAACCUGAACAUUUUACUUCAUAUGCCCAGCAUAUCUCAGGAGAAUAUGACCACAAAAAGCCAGAAAUUGUGAUUGACACUGACCUUAAAAUCCCAAAAUUGCAAAUGCAACUUGAUGAAAACAAUGUUAAACCUGAAGCUUUUAUUUCUAAUCCAAAUGAUCACAAAAAAGCAGAAAUCAUAAUUGAUGAAACUGACAUAGAAGUCCCGAAAUUGCAAAUGGAACUUGAUAUCAUUUCACAGCUUGUACCUGGAGGAAAUGACCAAACAAAGACAGAAAUUGUGAUUGAUAAUAUUAAGCCUCCAACACAAGACGUUUCAUCAGAACUCAUACCUGUUUCUGGCAAAGAAUACCCAAAUUCUCACGACACAAACCACGCGUCUGUAAAACCAUUAAUAGAUAAUGAUCUUAAUUUGGAUAAACCUUCAAAAGAUUCAACCUUAUUGGACUCUUUAGAACCUCAAAAUCUGUUUGAAGAAAGUAGCCCAGAACACACUCCAGGCGGAAUUGAAACGAUUUGGCAUAAAGAACAGAAUUCUUUAGACGAAGCUAAUCAUUCCAUUCAUAUCAGACCUCCGCCAACCGAGAGAUUCCAGUUUUCGGGUGAUAAAGAAAUUAAAACUCCAACGUUCCAAAGAAUGAAAGUGCCUAGAAAAGAUAAAUAUGGCAGAAUUAUAGGUUGGACUUACAAGACCAUCAAAACUUAUUGGGAAGGGGGAUCACGUAUCCCUAAUAAUUGGGAGAAAUUUAGAAUAAAUAGGUACAAACCUUUUAAUUACCAUCAUCAAUAUAUAGAAGAUCCAGCCUUCGGCCAUUGGCUUAGAGAGCAACUCAGAAUCACAACUCUCAAUGGUAAUAGAAUACCUACAAGCACAGCAGAUAUCAUAGCAUUGGACAGAGCAAUACGAAACGUUCUUUUGCAAAACGGUUGGAUUGUUACUGGUGAGGGAACUCUUUUAGAUGGCAGCGGUAAAAUAUCAAGCCUUGAUAACUUAAAGCUCAGACCUAUUUUAGUGGGAAAACCAUUUUCUUACGAUCGCUUUAUGAAACAAAGCACACACGAGUCUACAACGUCAUCAAAAGUACCCUAUUUAGAAGGAUUGUUACUCACAAUGAUACAGCCUGCAAAAAUUUUAGGCAUCGUACCCUUGUCCAUUUCUCCACACAAACAUCAUUCUGAGGCUAGUGUCAAUGAGCGUAGUUCCAAAGCCGAAAAUGGAUUAUUGAGAGUUUUGCCUAUUGAAGAACUAGUAUCGUUUAGAAAAGAUUCCCAAAAGUCAAAGACAAAAAAACCUCAGGUCUCAAGCAAAAACAAACCUAAAGGACCUCAGGGCUCAAGCAAAACUAAAUUUAAAGACGCUGCAUUACUGAGACAAGCCUUGUCAGAGAUACAGCAACCGCAAUACGCAAAGGGAUCCCUAACAACAUUGAAACAACGAAAAGGACAAGUAAAGUACAUGGAUUAUGGAAAGGAUGGUAUUCAUAGAAUUAUAACUCCUGAGAUGCCAGAGUGGAGGAUAAUAGGAGGUAAUUCUGCAACCAGCAGUGGUACUCCAUUAGAAUGGAAGGGUAGAUCUGGUUUAUAUGGAUAAAUAAGCUAAGUUUGGAAAAAUAUCCCUAAUUGUGUCAAUAUUAAGUAGAGUUAAGUUAAUUAGAUUAUUAAA